UUAAAUUAAAAAGUUACUAAAUACAAAAAAAAUACAAUAACAAAUCAAGCCACUGUUGUUUAAUACUUUUUGCACAGUAUUUUUAUUUGUUUACUGAGUUUACGAAUCCAGCACUCAGCUCUUUAGAAGCAAUUUUAUUCAAUUCACCUACCUAAAACUAUGGCUGAAAUAUACAAACUCAUUCAUCCUGUGAAGUACUUCAACGAUUAUGUAUCAAGAGAUACUCGACCCGAUGGCAGGAAGUUUGAUGAACAAAGAAAUGUGCGACUAAACAUUGAUUCUCUCAAGACUGCCGACUCGUCAGCUGUGGUGAAGUGUGGGAACACAACUGUUGUGUGUGGCAUUAAACUGGAGCUGGCUAGACCAAAGGCUGAAGAACCAGACAUAGGAUACUUAGUAACAAAUGUGGAGCUGCCACCGCUGUGCUCAUCCAAGUACCGUCCCGGACCACCGUCGGAUCAUGCCCAAAUCACUAGCACAUUAGUUGCAGACAUUAUUUCAAACUCAAAAUGCAUUGAUCUGAAAGAACUGUGUGUAGUGCAUGACAAAUUGGCCUGGGUUUUGUAUUGCGAUAUGGUCUGUCUUGACAAUGAUGGAGCGUUAGUUGAUGCUUGUUUGAUAGCACUUAUGGCUAGUUUAAAAACAAUUUCACUGCCAGCAGUUACUUAUGAUGAAGAAACAGAAGAAAUUACAGUAGACACUAGUGUUCAAACUCCACUGACUAUACACUCCUUACCUGUGGCUACAAGUUUUGCUGUUUAUGAAUAUAAUCACGGCAAUGUCAUACUAAGUGACCCAACAGUGUAUGAGGAAGAAAUAUGUGGAGGACUUGGUUCAAAUCUGAUUGUGUGCUGCAGUGAUGGUAUCCUCUGCGGCAUCCAUAAGUUUGGAGGUAGCAGUCUGUCUGAAAAAUGCCAAGAAGAAGCCUUAAAAAUUGCGAAACAGAGGUCUAAGAUAAUUAAAGAUGUAAUUGAUACAUGUAUAAACAAUGAGGAAUAAUGUAUUACUAAUUGGUUUUU